AUGAGCGCCAUCACCCUGCACCUGCCUGCUAGUCAGAGGUCCCAGCCUCUGUUCAAAGAACAAAGAAGACAAAAACUUGAGGAAUAUCUUGCAAAGAAAAAAGCCAUUUCUGGCUUAAAAUUACAGGAAAAACAGAUAACCAGCAAUAGUAACUGUAAUAGAAAGGCAUCUGGAGACACAAUCCAAAAGGUACCAAAAGCUCUGAAGCUUACUAGCACCAAAAUGGAUGAUAAAGAAAAUGCUAAUCGGCCCAUAUGGAGAAAAAUUAUUCCAACAGUAGAAAGAAAUGGUGCUCCUUUAAAAUCUACCAAUUUAUUGACAAAUUCAGCUAUAGAUAUUGAUGCAUGUUAUCCUAAGAACUAUGAUCAAAUUAUACAAGUGCCAUCAAAUGAAGAUGACCCUAAAAUUCGCAGUAUCUCACUUAGCCAAACCUUUCGCCUUCAAAGAAAUAAUAAUGAAAAACAACUCAUUGCAGAGAAGUUGAAGCAAGAUACUGCGUUGCUAAAGAAACCAGUCCUUGGUUCUUAUCGUGGUAGAGUUGUCCAAUCUAAAGUUAACUCAUUUCGAAAGCCAUCAACAGUUACAGAUGAAAGUUCUAUGACAAGUAAGAAAACUUCAAAUACUAUUCUUAAAACAAGGCCUCAGUCUGUAAGUAGCAGCAACUUACCUGUGAAAGGUUGUCAAAUAACAAGUUGUCAAAUAACAAGUGUUUCCACUAAAUCCGAUAGCACUGCUACUUCCCAGAACAAAACAACUUUUCAGCGUUAUGGGAAAAAGCAAGUUGACUUUAUCCAGAACAAGGAGAAAGAAGCCAUUGUUAGAACCUCUGCCAAUGUUACUAUCCGAAAAGAGCCUAAUAAAAAGAUAAUACCUCUAUCAAAGCCAGUACUAUCAAAUGUCAAGACAAAUCUGAAUUCUGGUAAAAAAGAAAAUGAAGCUCAAUCAAAAUGUAAGACAUUUGGAGCUGCAACCACUCGUGUUUCUGAAGCCAAACCUGCUUCAUCUUUCAGUACCAAAUUCAGGGAAGAUUCCAAAAUUGUUGAUAAGAGAAGAUACACUUUAGCAAAAGCACCAAUCAGUACAGGAAGAACUACCUUAACCAAAGAAUCAGCAGAAGAGAGAAGAGCUCGUCUGGUUGAAUGGCAAAAUGACAAAAGAAGAGUAAUUAAAAGAUCAUCUACAAUUGGUCUCUCGGUUCCACCUGCUGCACCUGCUGCACCUGCUCCACCCAACAUGGAAUUACCAAAAGAAAAACCAGUUGAAUCUUUCUGGACCACCAUCGCAGAAGAAGAUGAGCAAAGAUUAUUCACUGAUAAAGUUAACAAAAUAUUUUCUGAAUAUUUGAACUUAAUUAAUAAGGGAUGUCCACGAGAAGAAGUACUUUUAACACUGAAAGAGCUCAUUGUAAAAAUUCCAGAUGCCAAGAAACUUGUUAAGUAUUGGGUAUGCCUUGCACGCCUUGAACCAGUUACAAGCCCUAUUGAAAAUAUCAUAGCAAUAUAUGAAGAAGCCAUUCUUGCUGGGGCUCAGCCUAUGGAAGAAAUGCGACAUGCACUUGCAGAUAUUCUAACAAUGAAGAGUCAAGUGAAGAGCAAUGAUGGGGAGAAUGAUGAUGAGGUUUGUUCGGCUAAUGAAGAGGUCAAAAAAUUAUGUGAUGAAGUUAUAAAUCAGGAUAAAGUUGAUGUAGAUGGGACAUCAACAGAGGAAAAUUCAGAAUCAAAAGAUAUAGAUAAAACAAGGAAUGUAAAACUACAGGUGUUCGAAAGAGAGCAAGAGGAAAAAGCAGAAGAUUCAACAAGUGUUUUAGGGACUCCUGAUAAGGAAACCAGUGGGUCUUAUGUCAUUAAAUAUAAUGUGUCAACUACUCCAUACUUGCAAAGUGUGAAAAAGAAGAUGAAUUUUGAUGAAAAUAGUGCUUCGUUUAAGGAUUUGAAGUUUCUGACACCAGUGAGGCGUUCUCGACGUCUUCAGGAAAAGUUUUGUAAAUUACCAGAUAUGUUAAAAGACCAUUAUCCCUGUGUUUCUUCACUGGAACAAUUAGCAGAACUGGGAAGUGAAACCAGUGCUUAUAUAUGCCGUCCAAAUACUGCAUUAUGUACAACUUCCCUUGAAGAAGAAAUAGAACAGACAGAAAUGAAACUUUAA